GCCGACACAACCUACGAGUAGACAUGUAAAUUGCACGAAAACAUUCCACCCACGUUCUGGCCGACCAGCAGCUGGCGAUAUAACAUGAGCGCCUAGAGACCUGGCGCUUUUUUUUUUUGUUUUAUUUGUUUCCACCCCCACCGUUUCAAGGCCUCGGACCCCCAGAUUACCGUAUUCCGAAUUCCGCACAAAUCGCGCUGGGCGCUACCGCGUUGACCGACGUCGGUCAUAAGGGUGCCAUUGCUCCCUCUCUCCCGUGGGAGUAAGAUGUCGCGCAGGUUCUCGUCGCAAUGGCUUCGAAACCACGAAUUAUGAUGGCGACAAGCCUACACAGAGCCAGAGUGGCCCCAAUUCUCCGACCUCGAAUCGCUUGCCCUUCCUUUCCUCGACGCCCAUGGACCCCCCGACUCGGAACCUUGAACGUCGCCGCCGCAUCCUCUCCCCUGCGAACGGUCUUCCAUACUAGCACGCCGCGCAGCUACGGACCGAGAACACAAAAUGUCGAAACAAACCCGCCUCCCGACGGGCAGAAGACCUCCCGCCCCCCACCACCCCAAGAUCCCCUCGCGGCCGUGGAUAAGAGCGCCCAAGAGCAGCGCAAGGCCGACUGGGCCAUCAUGAAGGAGAUGUCGCGGUAUCUGUGGCCGAAGGACAGCUGGGCCGACAAGACGCGCGUGCUUCUGGCCGUGGCUCUGCUUGUCGGCGGCAAGGUGCUCAACGUGCAGGUGCCUUUCUUCUUUCGCGAGAUCAUCGACUCGCUCAACAUCGACAUUGCCGCGACGGGUGGCACGGUGGCUACCGUGGCGGGGACUGUGAUCUUUGCCUACGGCGCCUCCCGGAUAGGGGCUGUCGUGUCGCAAGAGCUUCGCAACGCCGUCUUCUCGUCCGUCGCGCAAAAGGCGAUCCGGCGGGUGGCCACCAAGACGUUCGGCCACCUCUUGAACCUCGAUCUCAACUUCCACCUGUCCAAGCAGACGGGCGGUCUGACGCGCGCCAUCGACCGCGGAACCAAGGGCAUCAGCUUCCUCCUGACCAGCAUGGUGUUCCACAUCGUGCCAACAGCUCUGGAGAUCAGCAUGGUGUGCGGCAUCUUGACAUACCAGUUCGGAUGGGAGUUCGCCGCCAUAACGGCCCUCACCAUGACCGCCUACACCGCCUUUACCAUCUGGACCACCUCCUGGCGCACAAAGUUCCGGCGCCAGGCCAACGCGGCCGACAACAAGGCCUCCACCGUCGCCGUCGACUCGCUCAUCAACUACGAGGCGGUCAAGUACUUCAACAACGAGAAGUACGAGAUUGGCCGCUACGACAAGGCGCUGCAGCAGUACGAGAAGAGCUCUAUCAAGGUGGCCACGUCGCUGGCCUUCCUCAACAGCGGGCAGAACAUCAUCUUCUCCUCGGCGCUGACCGUCAUGAUGUGGCUCGGCGCCAAGGGCAUCGUCGCCGGCUCCCUCUCGGUUGGCGACCUGGUCCUGAUCAACCAGCUCGUCUUCCAGCUCUCGGUGCCUCUCAACUUCCUCGGCUCCGUCUACCGCGAGCUGCGGCAGUCCCUCCUCGACAUGGAGACCCUCUUCAACCUGCAAAAGGUCAACGUGUCCAUCAAGGAGAAGCCCAACGCGGCGCCGCUCGUCCUGCCCAAGGGCGGCGAGAUCCGCUUCGAGAACGUGACGUUCGGCUACUAUCCCGACCGUCCCAUCCUCAAGAACUUCUCCGUGACCAUCCCGGCCGGCAAGAAGGUCGCCAUCGUCGGGCGCUCGGGCUGCGGCAAGUCCACCCUGCUCCGCCUGCUCUUCCGCUCCUACGACCCGCAGUCGGGCCGCAUCUUCAUCGACGACCAGGACAUCCGCGAGGUCUCGCUCGACUCCCUCCGCCGCUCCAUCGGCGUCGUGCCCCAGGACACCCCGCUCUUCAACGACACGGUCGAGCUCAACAUCCGCUACGGCAACCUCGACGCCCCGCCCGAGCGCGUCCUCGAGGCCGCCCGCCGGGCCCACAUCCACGACCGGAUCGAGUCGUGGCCGCACGGGUACCAGACCAAGGUCGGCGAGCGCGGGCUCAUGAUCUCGGGCGGCGAGAAGCAGCGCCUCGCCGUCUCGCGCCUCGUCCUCAAGGACCCGCCCCUGCUCUUCUUCGACGAGGCCACGAGCGCCCUCGACACCCACACCGAGCAGGCCCUCAUGGCCAACAUCAACGAGGUGCUGCGCGAGAAGCAGCGGACCAGCGUCUUCGUCGCCCACCGGCUGCGCACCAUCUACGACGCCGACGUCAUCAUCGUGCUCAAGGAGGGCAGGGUGAUCGAGAUGGGCAGCCACCGGGAGCUGAUGGAGUCCAACGGGCUGUACGCGGAGCUGUGGGCGGCGCAGGAGAUGCUGUUUGACCAGAACCGCGGCUCGGGCCAGGACAAGAAGGAGUUGGAGAAGGAAUAAUUAGACCGGCUGUGCUCCAAAGGCGCUCUGUGUGGUCUCUUCCAGUUGUCAAUUAGCGAUGCGGACUGAGGGGAGCCUCUUCGACCAAUCCUUAACAAUAUACUUAGACACAAAAAGUCCAGCUAUCCUCAAGAACAAACAACCUUCUUCGUUGCCUACCCGGUCGGAAAUUUGACUUGCUGACCGCUGAUCCCUUUUCUUUGCCGUUUUAUGAGUGAGCACCCCCUGGUUCAUGUGAGGUUGUACAUUCCCCGGCGCCGAUUUAUAUCCUCCAGCAAAGGCGCACUCACGCCCAUUCUCCAGUUCGGAAUCGGCGCGGACCGGUCGCCAGCUCCGCUCAAGGACCGUGC